AUGGCAGCAAACAACCCGGCCCCGCCGCCGGGUUUCAAUCCCGAGGAAGCUCAGAACUUGGAGGAUAUGGAGAAGCAGUUUGCCGUCAAGGUCGUGCAGCACAUGGAGAUCUACUGGUCGAUCUUGGAGAAGGUCAAGGGCUCGACCAUCCGACUGACCAAGUUCGACGACGACAUCUACGACCACGUCAAGAAGGACUUUCCCGAGUUCGACCCGGCCAAGACGGUCAGCGAGGACGAGAUGAAGAGCCCCGAAGGCAAGAAGAGGUGGCGCGAGUUCAUGAUGCAGUACGAGAAGCAGAUCGACGACUACAACUUCGGUACCAUGGUCCGCGCCGACCCCAAGACCGAGUACACACAGUAUGGCACCAUCUUUGUGCCGAGGAUGCAGUUUUAUGCCAUUGAGAUUCUGAGGAACCGCGCUGGAUUGAAUGACUGGAUUUACGAGCAGGCACAGGAGGCAAAGGCUGGCAAGUCCUAA